AGCAGCGCCUGCGCGCCCAGGGGCCGCCGCCGCCUCCGCAGCCUGGGAGAGAGACCGGAUCCGCCGCCGCAUCCUCCUCCUCCCCCACCGCUUCCCGCGGCCGCCCGCGGUCGGGACGGCCAGGCACGACAGGAAGCGGCCGUCGGAGUCAGUCAAGUGCAGCCACUGAUCACGAGAUGUUACCACAAAAUCUACCUCAGACUUCACUUUUGUUCAUUCAGUUGCUGCGCCAUAGAUCUCAACGGGAGCUCUGCAGACAGUCCUGAAAGUCUCUGAACAGACUGGGACAUCAAGUCACAGCAUGAUGACCUAAUAGGAGGUCAAAGUCUGAAACAUUGAUUCAGCAGUUCAAGAUAACACUGCCCUUUUAUCAGUAUCACUUCUGAAGGCUACAGACCUCCUGCCAUUUCUUUCCUGGCUACUUCAGAAACACUCAGCUGACCUUUCUUUGGUGAAGAAAUCUUGACUUUUCUCUCUGGUCCUGGAAAUAUUAAUGGAAUACAGUCAUGUCUACCCAGGACGAGAGGCAGAUAAAUACAGAGUAUGCUGUAUCCUUGUUGGAGCAGUUGAAAUUCUUUUAUGAACAGCAGUUGCUAACUGACAUAGUGUUGAUUGUUGAGGGCACUGAAUUUCCCUGCCAUAAGAUGGUUCUUGCAACGUGCAGCUCAUAUUUCAGAGCAAUGUUCAUGAGCGGGCUGAGCGAGAGCAAACAGACACACGUACACCUGAGGAAUGUGGAUGCAGCCACUCUGCAGAUCAUCAUCACUUACGCAUACACGGGUAACCUGGCAAUAAGCGACAGCACAGUAGAGCAGCUCUAUGAAACUGCCUGCUUCUUACAGGUAGAUGAUGUGUUACAACGAUGUAGAGAAUACUUAAUCAAAAAAAUUAAUGCGGAAAAUUGUGUCCGUCUAUUAAGCUUUGCUGAUCUCUUCAGCUGUGAGGAGUUAAAACAGAGUGCUAAAAGAAUGGUGGAGCACAAGUUCACAGCUGUGUACCACCAGGAGGCUUUCAUGCAACUGUCACAUGAUCUACUGAUAGAUAUUUUAAGCAGUGACAAUUUAAAUGUGGAAAAGGAGGAGACAGUGCGUGAGGCUGCUAUGUUAUGGCUGGAGUACAACACGGAAUCCCGCUCGCAGUAUUUGUCCUCUGUUCUUAGCCAAAUCCGGAUCGAUGCACUUUCAGAAGUAACACAGAGAGCCUGGUUUCAAGGCUUGCCACCUAAUGAUAAAUCAGUGGUGGUGCAAGGACUGUACAAAUCGAUGCCCAAAUUUUUCAAGCCCAGACUUGGCAUGACAAAAGAGGAGAUGAUGAUAUUCAUCGAAGCUGCUGCUGAAAACCCUGGUAGUCUUUACUCUUCUGUCUGUUACAGCCCACAGGCAGAGAAAGUUUACAAACUCUGCAACCCUCCUGCCGACCUGCAUAAGGUUGGGACGCUGGUAACUCCCGAUAACGACAUCUAUAUAGCAGGUGGGCAAGUUCCUCUGAAGAACACCAAAACCAAUCACAGCAAAAGCAGCAAACUGCAGGCUGCCUUCAGGACCGUGAAUUGCUUUUACUGGUUCGACGCGCAGCAGAACACUUGGUUCCCCAAGACGCCGAUGCUCUUUGUGCGCAUCAAGCCGUCGCUGGUGUGCUGCGAGGGGUACAUCUACGCCAUCGGGGGCGACAGCGUCGGCGGGGAGCUCAACAGGAGGACUGUGGAGAGGUACGACACCGAGAAGGACGAGUGGACCAUGGUGAGCCCCCUGCCCUGCGCGUGGCAGUGGAGCACGGCCGUGGCGGUGCACAACUGCAUCUACGUCAUGGCGCACAACUUGAUGUACUGCUACUUCCCCCGCUCGGACGCCUGGGUGGAGAUGGCCAUGCGGCAGACGAGCAGAUGUUUCGCCUCAGCCGCUGCUUUUGGCGAUAAGAUAUUCUAUAUCGGAGGGCUGCACAUUGCCAGCAAUUCUGGGAUAAGGCUGCCCAGCAGUACUGUGGAUGGGUCUUCUGUAACGGUGGAGAUCUACGACGUGAAUAAAAACGAAUGGAGGAUGGCAGCCAACAUCCCUGCCAAGCGCUAUUCCGACCCGUGCGUCAGGGCCGUCGUCAUCUCCAAUUCCUUAUGUGUCUUUAUUCGGGAGACCCACAUGAACGAGAGAGCCAAGUAUGCCACCUACCAGUAUGACCUGGAACUCGACCGCUGGUUCCUGAGGCAGCACAUAUCGGAGCGUGUGCUGUGGGACCUGGGCAAAGACUUCCGGUGCACUGUAGGAAAGCUGUAUCCAUCUUGCCUUGAAGAGUCCCCGUGGAAACCUCCAACGUAUCUCUUCUCGCCAGACGGAGCCGAUGAAUUCGAGCUGGAUGGGGAGAUGGUUACUUUACCACCUGUAUAGCUCCCAAAUUAGACUGCACAACUGAGUCUGUGCUCAGUUAUAAAAUAAUAAAAGAAAUAAAUGGCUGUGAAAGAACAGGUCUGGGGACAGAAAUCUCAGAGCUGUCUUUCAUGAGUUGUAUUUUUAUGCCCUACCUAACACUUGCCGCCAUUCAGUAUGAAUUAGUGAAAAGAGCAGAUAUGCUUCCAUAAUCUCAAAUACUAUUAUCAGAUAAUUGAGAAAAAUAUAUGUAUAUCAUGAGCUUGAGCAUCUGACUUGUCUAAAGAAUUAAUUCUAGUUCUAUAAAGUCUCCAUUCAGGAAAAUUAGCUUAAGAAAAAAAGUAGUUAUUGUUUCUAGGAUGAUGUCACAACUCUUUUGAAAGUAUCUUCCAGUUACAUUUUAACUACUUCUGGAUAUUCUACUUAAGUGCUAGUUAUAUAAUUGUCAGUGUGGCCUAAUUAAAGGACUGUGCCGCACUUACUAAAUACUAAUAUCUAUGUUGGUAUAGUAAUGCCAUUAAAAGAAAAAGAAACAAAUCCCAUGGAUCUACACCUGUGGUAGGAAGGGUAGAUCUUCCAUUGUAUGGUAACAUGCUGGGCAAAAUGACUGCAGGUUCAGUCAAGCUGUAUGAUGAGGUGCAUGUAUUCUAUUUUCACUAACUUAUACCUGUCUAUUUAGAAUACAGGUCUUCCAAGCAGCUGGUAGAUUACCAGGUGUGGACUUAAAAGUUGCUGGGCUUGCGAUAGGAAUUGCCAGCCCUCAUAGUGCGGGUCUAUGUGGGGCUUUAAUCAGUAAAUGCCUCCACAUUCUGUAUUACAGUAACAUUGGCUCAUGUAUAUUACUUCCUGCUGCUGAUGUAUUUUUCCAUUGUAAAACGAAGUUUUAGUGUGGAUUAACCAGGUCUUUAUUUUCUGUUAAUUUAAUAACAAGCAUUACUGUAGUGUGAUUGUGUAUAGAUAUCCCUUAGCUGUCAGGUUUUUUACUUUGGGGGGGGAAGCAAACUUCAGGAAUAUCCUGUGCUGUGUGUGCAGGAGAGCAGAUGCCUAGUGCUGCUCUGGCAUUAAUCCCAGGAACCACUAGCAGUAGCGGGGUGCCGCCAACCUAACAUGAACACAGGUGCUUCAUGACAAACCUUACUAGCAUGUUCAGCUGCAUCAUGUUCUGGCACUGUAUUUUGAAUGACAUUAAUUUAUUAAAAAAGACUGAAUCCAAA